AUGGCUGCUUCAUCUUCCCACGGUGAACCCAGCCGCUCGAACCCUGAACCGUCAAAGGGUCCCCGCCCUGUUCGCCGUCCUCAAGUUUUCGUAAGUUUCCGUGGAGUUGAUGUGCGCGAGACCUUGGUCAAGUACCUCCUGGGUGCCUUCAAAUACCAAGGGGUCAAUGUCUUCAUAGAUGCAAACGAGCGAGCUGGGAUGAAACUACAAAACCUCUUCAAGAGGAUCGAGCAGUCGAAACUGGCGGUCGUGAUCUUCUCCAAGAGGUACGCAGACUCUGAUUGGUGUAUGGAAGAGCUUGCCAAGAUCGACGAGCUAGAGAAACAAGGCAAACUUAGGGUGAUUCCAGUCUUCUACUACGUGACCCCGAGCGACGUGAAAAACAUCCAGGGAGAGUUCGGCGAAGGUUUCGGGAGAUUGAAGAAAGAGUUUGCCGACAAAGAACCAGAGAAGGUCCUCAGGUGGGAGGCUUCUCUGAAGCCAAUUGCAGAAAUCAAAGGCUUGUGCGCUUACUAUAACGGUAAAAUUGGUCCUCCACUUGACCGCCAGAUUGUUAAUGCUGUACAAGUAUGGCUAAACGAAAUGCCAGGAGGAAAGGUCAAGCCCCGAGAAACUAAAACGACGACCGGAGAAGUGGUUUUUUGGGCCUUUUUGGCAGCUGUUCUCUGUCGUCUCGUCGUAUCUCCUCUGUUUUUCAAUGACGCGAACUUUUUCAAAACUCGUGUGUGGUUGUUUGGUUUUCCAACAGCUGUUGCUAUCUAUUUCUGUAUCAUGAACGCGCGACACAAGAAAAACCCACCUCCUAGCCCCAAACCAACCCCUUCCAUCACCGGACCAGCAUCAGCACCACCACCUCCUUCUUGA